CAUAUUAUUAUUAUCCCUGAUUCUUUUUUGUCACAAUGGCUCAACGUACUAUUUAUACCGAGGCUCUCAAUGAACUUGACGAUAAGCGUAUCAAGUGUAUCAAACCCUUGAUUCCUCCUCAAAUCCUUAUGGAAGAUAUUCCAUUGACUCUUAAGGCUGCUCAAACCAUUGUUGAAGGACGCAAAGCUGCUGAAAAUGUCAUCAAGGGUGCCGAUGAUCGUUUACUAGUCGUGGUCGGUCCUUGUUCCAUUCAUGAUAUCAAGGCUGCCAAGGAAUAUGCUACUUUAUUGAUCGACUAUGCAGAAAAGGCUAAGGAUGAUUUGUUAAUUAUCAUGCGUGUUUACUUUGAAAAACCAAGAACUACUGUAGGCUGGAAGGGUUUAAUCAAUGAUCCCCAUCUCAACAAUAGUUAUGAAAUCAACAAGGGUCUUCGUAUUGCUCGUCAAUUGUUGUUGGAUUUGAACGAAAUGGGUAUUCCUACUGGUUGUGAAUUUUUGGAUACUAUCUCUCCUCAAUACACUGGUGAUUUAGUUUCAUGGGGUGCUAUUGGUGCUAGAACUACCGAAUCUCAAGUACACCGUGAAUUAGCUUCUGGUUUAUCUUGUCCUGUUGGUUUCAAGAAUGGUACUGAUGGUGGUAUCACUGUCGCCAUGGAUGCCAUCAAGGCUGCUAGCAAUGGUCAUCACUUUUUAUCUGUCACAAAACAAGGAUUAUCUGCCAUUGUCCAAACUGAUGGUAAUGAUGCUUGUCAUGUAAUUUUACGUGGUGGAAAGAGUGGACCCAAUUAUGAACCUCAAGAUGUUAAGGCUACUGCCGAAGCUUUGGAAAAGAACAAAUUGUCAAGUCAUAUCAUGAUUGAUUGCAGUCAUGGAAACAGUAGCAAAAAUCACAAGCGUCAACCUAUUGUUGCUCAAAGCAUCGCGGAUCAAUUAGCUGAACCAAAAAUCACAGGGGACAAUAUUACUGGUGUUAUGAUUGAAUCACAUUUGGUUGAAGGACGACAAGACAUUCCAAGUGAAGGUGCUCACCGUUUAACUUAUGGUCAAUCUAUUACUGAUGCUUGUAUCAAUUGGGAAGAUACUGUGAAAACUUUGGAUAUUUUACGUGCUGGUGUUCAAGCUAGACGUACUGCUCGACUUGCCAACUAGAAGAUUUCCCCCUCCUGUUUAUUACAUAUCUUAGAUUAUUAUUAUUAUCAUUAUCAUUUUACAUCACAAAAUAAAAAAAUUGGUUAUAUAUAGGUA